CCCUCCUUAACCACUAGCCUACAGGGCACUUAUACCCCCUUCCUGCCCAGGCCAGUUUCCAGCUUUCAGCGCUGUCACACUUUGAAUGACAAUUGCGCAUUCAUGCAACACUGUACCCAUAUAACAUUUUUAUAAUUUUUUUACAGAUAAAGCUUUAUUUUGGUGGUAUUUAUUCACCGCUGGGAUUUUUAUUUUUUUUACUAUGUAAAUGAAAAAGUCCAAAAAAAAAAAAAAAAAAAGUGUUUUUUUUUAAUAAAAUUUUGCAAAUAA